AUGAUGCAAGGACGGGAUGAGAACCUUAAACGUGAAGCCGGAGCAGCAACUCGGCCGCAGCCGCCAGUCCAGCAAGUCCAGCCGACACCACAACCGGCAUCAUCGCCACCUUUUGGACCCCAACCUUCUCAACCCAAUGUUGUACAGAGACCUUGGCCUGGAAUUCAACCCCGUUCUCGCCUCCGCCUGCAAGGCAGCCCGGAAACGGAAACUAUUCAGACAGUUGGGAAACCCGAGGAUGGCGGUUGCAAGAAAUGCAAAAAGCUGGGAAUACCAUGCCCGGGGCCCGAGGUUGACGAACGGAAAAGACCCUCAUCCAAGCGGUAUAUCCGGGAACUACACAAUCGAAUUGAGGACCUCGAGAAGGCUCUUCGCGAGAGUGAAUUCCAUCGCAGCAUACAAGCACGCGAGAUCAUGACUCUAUAUGAGCUCAACCAAUUUCCUAGUUAUCUCCCAUCGCCACUCAUUAGGACGUACCCGGAGAAUGUCAUUGCUUGUCUCUGUGAUGCUUGCCGUCUUGCGAUUGAGAUGGGCCUCCACCGUGACUGUUCCAAUGAGCGUAUUCCACAAAUUGACAUGGAAGCUCGCCAGAUUACUUUUUGGGGAUGUUUUGUUUUCGAUAGACUUUGGGGUUUGUAUCUUGGGCGCUCCUUUUUCUUGACCCUCGACGAAAACGUAACCGUCCCUCGACUGUCUAAGGAAAAUGCAUCGUUACCAUUACACUCGCUACUGGCCGGUUCCUGGCCUCUCUUUUGGAGUUGGUGGGACUCGUCUGUGAGAGUUUCGAUCAUUAUCCUAUAUCGCCCACUAGCUGGCUUUGGAAAAGUUGACAAGCGAAAGAUAGAGACUGCGGACAAAUUUCGAAAUAUCUGUGUACUGCAUGCUAUCAAAAUCGCGCACUUUCUCGCGGACUAUCGGGGUUUCCAUAACAAUGCAACCACCCUAAGUGGAAUAGCGCUACAUAUUAUUGAGAUGGCCUGCACCGUACUCAUAUCGGACAUUGCAGAAAGGAUUAAAACCACUGACGUAACCAAUGAGUACACCUAUUUAGCCAUCUGCGUGCAGACACUCCUGGAAUUAGAACAAACAUAUCUGGUCGCUCAAAAGGUCCGCAAAAUACUCAAGAAAAUCAUCGACAUAUGCAACCUCGACUUGAACCGGCUUAAGCAGGUGUUGGCAUAUCUAGAUGCUCGAUAUCAAACUUCUCCUGGUUUUUCUGCGGAGACAAAUGUCGGCCCGUCGUCGCGAAUAUCGCCUGCGAACCUCGCUAGAUCAGACUACAGGGACAGCACUGAUACAAGGCUCCAUGGACACCAAAAUUUAUCCACAGAGCCUCAUGAUCCGCCGCCUCAAAACUUGCAUGUUCCAAGCCCUUCUGUUCCCGAUGCACCCUACCAUGAGUUUACAGAGCAAGAUAUUUCCCAUACGUACGAGCUCCCACUGGACCAGACUCGUCACUUCGAACAAUGA